AUGCGCUUCAUCAUUUCAAUACCCCUGGCGCUCAUUCUUGCGGCAGCAGCUCAAGACAGUCUAGAUUACGAUGGAAUCUUGCGUUGCAGUACAGAAACUUCGACUCUUGCCAUCAAUAGCAGUUCCUUGAUGGAGAAGCGGCAAAAUCAGGCACUCCAACCAAUUAGCAUUGACUUGUACUUGCACUUCGUGGCACCAGACGACGGUGCUCCCAAAAAGCUCCUUAGAAAGGCGGCCAAGAGACAGCUCUAUGUGUUGAACAACGCUUUUCGUCCAUCUGGUAUUUCAUUCACAAUGCGACACGUUUUGUUUUGGAACGAUGCCUUCCACGCUACUAUACAAAAUCACCAAGAUCUCGCCUCCAUGAUUGCAAGAUACCACAGGGGUGAUGCCAACACUCUUAAUUUAUUUGUUCCCAAAUUCCCCAGCCAAAGUCUAGGAAUCGGCGCGUGCAUAUCCUUUGACAACCUCUUUAUAGACCAAACCGUCCCCUUGUCUUCCGAUGGCUGCUUCGUAAGCCCUACGACUUUUCCUGGCACCGCUACCGCUGGAUAUAACCAGGGGAAAACAGCUGUGCACGAGGCUGGUCACUGGCUGGGGCUGUUGCACACAUUUGAAGGGGGCUGUGAUGGGCAGGGCGACCAUAUUUUCGACACUCCCGCCCAAGCAAAGGCCACUUAUACUUGUGACGAGUGGCAAGACACUUGUCCAUUCUCACCAGGUCUCGAUCCCAUCCAUAAUUACAUGGGGUAUUCCUACGAGUAA